AUGGGGUCUUUAAUGGAAGAUUACGAACAGCAGUAUGCUGUUUUAACUGCUGAUAUUACUGCUAAAAUUAGCAAAUUAGGCUUGCAAUGUACAACCGACAGGAAAAAGAUAGCUCAGGACAUAGAAAAACAUAUGGAAGAAGCUCAGGAAUUACUUGAACAAAUGGAAUUAGAAGUAAGGGAAAUCGAUUUUAACCUAAGGCCAAAGUAUAGAAAUCGCGUUGAUAGUUAUAGAUCUGAAUUAGGUCAUCUUAGUUAUGAAUUUAUCAAAGUUAAGAAUACUCCUGUAGAUACAUCAAAUUCCCAAGAAGAUUUAUUUAGUGAAGGAUUUAGUUUAAACGAUGAACAAAAACAAAGAUUGCUGAGCAAUUCGGAAAGAAUCGAAAGAUCGGGUAAUCAUUUGAAAAACAGUUAUAGAAUUAUGUUAGAAACAGAAGAUAUUGGAUCAAGCAUUCUACAAGAUUUAUACUCUCAAAGGGAAACAAUAGAAAAAUCUAGAAAUCGAUUAAGAGAAACAGAGGCAGAAUUAGGGAGGAGUUCUAGGUUAUUAAGCACAAUGGUAAAUAGGUCAUUACAAAACAAAUUUAUAUUGGUUAUAGUGGCUGUUAUAUUCUUAUUAAUAGUUAUCUUAACCAUUUAUUUUUCAGUCACUACUUAA